AUAUAUAUAACAAUGAGACUCUUCUCAUUCUAGCUUACACUAGCAUUAUUAUCAGUAUCAGUAUAUUACAUUUUUAAAACUUAGAGCAAAGAAAAAAGAAGAGAGUAAGUAAGAAUGGAGAAGGAGGAAGAUGUGAAGGUUGGAGCAAACAAAUUCUCAGAGAGGCAGCCAUUAGGGACAGCAGCUCAAAGUGACAGCAAAGACUACAAAGAGCCACCACCAGCUCCAUUGUUUGAGCCUGGUGAGCUCAAGUCAUGGUCUUUUUACAGAGCUGGAAUUGCUGAGUUCGUAGCCACUUUCUUGUUCCUUUACAUCACCAUUUUGACUGUCAUGGGUGUCAACAGAUCAACCUCCAAAUGUUCCUCUGUUGGCAUUCAAGGUAUUGCUUGGUCUUUUGGGGGUAUGAUCUUUGCCCUUGUCUACUGCACUGCUGGAAUAUCAGGUGGACACAUAAACCCUGCUGUGACAUUUGGUCUUUUUUUGGCAAGAAAGCUGUCACUUACAAGAGCUAUAUUCUACAUUGUGAUGCAAUGUCUUGGUGCUAUUUGUGGUGCUGGUGUGGUGAAGGGUUUUGAAGGUAAUGCUAGGUAUGAACUGUUUAAAGGUGGUGCUAAUUUUGUGAAUCCUGGAUACACUAAAGGUGAUGGACUUGGAGCUGAGAUUGUUGGUACCUUUGUUCUUGUCUACACUGUUUUCUCUGCUACUGAUGCCAAGAGAAAUGCUAGAGACUCUCAUGUUCCUAUCUUGGCUCCUCUUCCCAUUGGGUUUGCUGUGUUCUUGGUCCACUUGGCUACAAUUCCAAUCACAGGAACGGGCAUUAACCCAGCUAGGAGUCUUGGAGCUGCCAUUAUCUUUAACAGGGACUUUGCUUGGGAUGACCAUUGGAUAUUCUGGGUUGGACCAUUUAUUGGAGCUGCUCUUGCUGCUGUGUAUCACCAGAUUGUCAUCCGAGCCAUUCCUUUCAAGACAAGGACCUGAGGCUCUUAUCUGUGUUUGUUUCUAAUCAUCUUGUGUUUUGUGUCCUUUUUCAUUAAGGGACAUUCUUCUGAAUCUUUUUGUGUUAUUAAUCCAUGAUUUGGGUGUAAAUUGUUUCCUUCAUUGGUUACUUAGAAGAAUGUGGAUUAUUCUUUUCUACUAUUAAUUGAUUUUGUUACUUCAUUGCAACCAUUCAAAA